AUGGAACCUAGCAAUGAGGAAACUCAGCCUGAUGGACGACCAACUUAUCAAAAUGCGAUUCCAUUCAUCGAUCCAACCAAACUUUCACCAUCAAUACCGACCAAAAGAAUUACAGAUCACCCUGAUUUAACACAUUUAUUUGAAUCAGCAGGUUUAAAUCGAUUAAUCUCUGUGGUUGUAAACAUGUCAGAAGCUGUCUCGAAAUUCGGAUUAAUUGAAAAUGAAGAAAAAAGGACUCGGUUAUCUGAUUCCAUUAGUCUUUGGAUCUCAACGAUACCAUUAGAUCAAGAUCCACAAAGGUUUGGGAAUAAAGCUUUCAAAGUUUGGGGACGACGUUUAGAAGAGGAAGCCGAAGCUCUUCAUGCUCCUAUCAUCGAUUCUGAUCAUCAAGCCAUUCUUCCUGAACUAUUACACCACUUCAAGACUUCUUUUGGUUCGUUCAUUCGAUUAGAUUAUGGAACAGGUCAUGAGCUCUCUUUCAUAGCCUAUCUUUCAAUCCUACAUCUUACGGAUAUUCUUACAAAAAAAGACUUGACUACAACUGUCUUGGUGAUCUAUCAGCGUUAUCUUGAUACAUGUCGAAAGCUUCAAGAAGUCUACAGAUUAGAACCAGCAGGAAGUAAAGGAGUUUAUGGUUUAGAUGAUCAUUUUCAUUUAGCCUAUAUCUUUGGUAGUGCUCAACUAAUGCAACAAUCAAAGAUCAAUCCAGCUCAAAUCAAUGAUCCAAAGUUUUUAGAAAACCUUCAACCAAAUUCAUCUUUAUUCUUUAGUGCAAUUCAACAUAUACGAAAGUUGAAAAAAGGUCCAUUCUUUGAACAUUCACCUAUUCUUUAUAAUGUUGGAAUCACAGUCAAACAUUGGACAAAAGUUCAUCAUGGAAUGAUUAAGAUGUGGAAAGGUGAAGUGUUAUCAAAAGUUCAAGUUAUGCAACAUUUUUGGUUUACAGAUUUGGGAGUCUUGAGUUGGCAGAUUGUUAAAGAAGAGGAUGAAUGUUUUAAGCAGAUUCAAUAG